AUGCUCGCCGCUUCAGGCACCUCCCACACCUCCUCGGAAGAACAGAACGAUGUUCCAACACUAGUGACAUACCGCAACUAUGCGACCCUUUAUUUCAUCGUCAUCUCUACAUCGACCGAGUCGCCGCUUGCCCUAAUUGAUCUGAUCCAAGUCUACGUGGAGGCCCUCGACAAGCUUUUUGAGAACGUCUGUGAGCUGGACUUAAUCUUUAACUUCGAAACCCUGCACUCUACCUUAUCGGAAAUGAUAAUAGGGGGCGUGGUAAUAGAGACAAACCUGGAUCGCAUUGUCUCAGGGGUAAAGGCACAAGGAACGGUUGCGAAGAGACCUGUGAACGAAGGCAGAGGGCCUACUGGCCUGGGAAGUGGACUUGGUAUGGGUGCCAAUUUUGCUUGGACUGGGCGAUGA